CAAAGUAACCUUUUUUUCUUAUUCUUAGGAUGGCAACACCGUACAGCCGCCCACCACCACUGCACAUCACCUGUGUUAAAGUGCACAGUAGCCAAAAGGCUGUGACCUUUAUUAAACAUGAAAACAAAAUAAUUGUUGACACCUACAAAGUCACAUCUUUAUGUGCCCUUACGGAUGGUGAUGCAGUUUAUCUGUCCAUAAAAAACGGCAGUGACCCUGAAUUUGAAGAGGGACACUCAUAUAUUGUAAAAAAUGUAACCAUCUCAAACAAAUAUGGCCGCCGAUGUUUAUUUGUAAAUAAAGGCACCAUCAAAUUUAGGACCGCUCCGCUAGCCAUAAGUGAGGAGGCUAAAAGAGCUGCAAGGGAGGCCCUCUGUCCUCCUUCACGACCUAUAACAGGAGAGGAAGAGGAUAUCUUCAGUGAAACUGGGUACCUGAGUCUACGGGGGCAGUUAGAAAAAGUUGAAGUGCCUAGAAUGACUCGCACUCACAUACCGAUCCUGGACCUGCGGAUGAAAUGUGGCUCCGUAGUACACGAUGUCUCACUGUGGCGGGAAGAAGCACUUAACGAGCUCUAUGUCGGGGACAUCAUUGAGCUCAGUCACCUGAAAGUAAACGGAAGACCAGAUGGAAGAGCAAAAUUCGACUCUUCUAAUCACACAACUUUUAAGCUUAUUGAUAGGGAUAUCCAGGAGGCAGUUCUUGAGAUCGUUGGAGUGUCAGAGAUGCACGACAAGCUCAUCCUCCUGGAUAGCCAUAUGGAUGAGUACAUAGUGCCUGUACAUUUCUAUGCAGGCACUAUUGAGGAGCUGGCAAACCAGCUCCCACUUCAAUUAAAACUCAGGCACAUCUGUGGAAGCGUCCUCCACGUGGAACCUGCCAGUGUGAAACAGGUCCCUCCAGAUGUACCUCGUGGAGGAUCUGCUGGUGUGGAACAGGUCCCUCCUGACGUACCUUGUGGAGGAUCUGCUGGUGUGGAUCAGGUCCCUCCAGACGUUCCUAGUGGAGGAUCUGCCAGUGUGGAUCAGGUUCCUCCAUAUGUUCCCAGUGGAGGAUCUGCUGAUGCGGAUCAGGGCCCUCCAGAUGUUCACAGUGGAGGAUCUGCUGACCCCAAUCAGGUCCAUCCAGAAGACACUCAGGACUCAAUGGACUGCCUUUUCUAGGGUUUGUGAGGAAAGGUUCAAGGGGUGUUCAUAAAACUCACCUUUUUAAUCGUGACAUGUAUAAUGAAUAAAACUUUUUUUUGCCAGCUUAUCACAACUGUCAUUAGGUGUCACAAAGCAAAAAAUAGGUUACGAUGCAUUUAUGUCAUGUUGUUAUGAACGUGUUGCCAUGUCACAUUAUGUAAUUUUAGCAUUUAAAAUGGCAUAACUGUGCUAAUGACAGUUGUCAUAAGCAUGCAUAAACUCUUUCAUAUACAUAUCGUGUCAUGAUUUUAAAGUUUUCAUGACAGUCUAAUGAACAACCCUCAAGUAAAGUUUCCAGUUUGCUUAAUUUUCUCAAUUAGGCUACAGUCAUUUAAAUUUGUUCUUUACAGUUCUGUUUUACCUUUGUUCUUUACGGUUUCUAUUUUACAUUAGGCUAGUUGAAUUAAAUAUUUGAAACAAUGUAUGUGUAUUUCGGUUUUGUUAACUAACACAAUUAUACAAUUGUAAUUAAUAAAAAAUUAAAUGUG